AUGUCGCCGCCGUCUUCUCUUUCGUCACCAUCAAGGCGCAUGCGCUGCAUGUGUUCCACCAACCUUUUGAUCCAUUGCGCCUUCUAUCUCACGAUCCUAUCGACUGCCAACCUAGUGGCAGCUCAGACUACUUCAACCUCACCAGAGACAGCAACAGCAACAAUAGCAACCGGAACAAACGGCUAUAAAUACAUCGGCUGCUACAACGAGACCACCACCCUCUCAGGAACCAGCAGCGGGACCAGGGCGUUGUAUGGCGGGAUCAAUGAAGUGUUACCGGGUGAGAUGACAGUGGAAAGGUGUUUAGAGUUUUGUAAGGGUGGAAUGGAGAAGGGGUAUCGAUUUGCUGGGUUGGAGUAUUCGAGAGAAUGUUGGUGCGCAACCCAGCUCUUCUCUCUCUCCUCCAAGGUUGCCGAUUCUGACUGCGAGUUGGCUUGUGACGGGGACAAGAGCCAGAUCUGUGGAGGGGAUCUGAGGAUCAGCGUUUACGAUCUAAAUGGUGUCGUCAAUUCUGUUGCUGCUGCUGGUCAGUCAGCUGGACUUGUGCUAGGGCUGGUGUUGGUGGUUGCCGGAGGUGUGAUUGCUCAUUUGCUGUAG